UUUAAUAAACUUUUAAGUAUGGUUAGCAUCCAUUGCCACUGUCCUGCAUUAGCUCCUCUACUACCACACAAUAAACAGCACAAUGUUUCAAAGACAAAGACCCUGCUCUGGCUUCCUAACAUUCCUAAACAAAUGCCCAGUGAUUACUACAGAAUGAAAAACCACACUUCACUAAGAAUGAAGACCCAAGCUUUCACCACUUCUUCACUGGAACUCAUAGAUAUCACUUCUUCACCUGCUGCUUCUGGUGAUAUUUCUGUCUUCCUGCAAACAAGUGCAUUGCUCAUCGCGGUGUAUUUGUUUUCGAACUUUAUUGUGCCAGACUUAAUAGUCAAGAAUCUUCAAAAAAGGAACGAAAGCAGAGAACAGGAAGAAGAGAACCCCAGGAGAAGAUAAGAUACACACAGCAAUGAGCUUUCUACCAGAACGAAAGAGCUCUGGUGAAGCCACUUCCUGACAAGUGCAAUUAAUUUUCUUACUUAUGUUGAGGGUUUUUUUUCCCGGUAAGUUCUUCUGCAAGAGAGUUGUAAACCAAAGGCUUGUACUGUGCACUAUUGAUAAAAAGGGAUAAUGAAUAAACUCUUUUAUAUAGAAAUGUUCUCUUUUGCUCAUUGAACUUU